UUGUGAAACCGAAAGUUAACGGAUCAAAAUUGAGAACGGAAAUAUUCACGUAUCAGCAUAUCAACAUAUCAUAUCAACAUACCAACGUUUAGGCUAUCAUGAACAAUCACAACAUUCCUGCUUCUGUUCGGAAGGUGAAGGUGGAAGCGCUGAAGAGGCUUCUUGUAUUUACUGUCGCCUGCACCUGUGUGUCUGUGAUGUAUAUACAGUGGACGUACAUUUGGAUGCUCAGGUCUGAAAUGGCUGAAAUAACGCGGCUUUUAAGACCUCUGGAUACAGCGGUGAAGGAAGGUGGGAUAUGCUGCGAUUCCGCCGUGUGCUACGGGGCUACAUCUUGUUAUAAGGUAAGCUGUUAUCACAGAUUCCCUGAGAGACGGACACAUGCAGAGGGCCGAGACAAGAGAGAUGUGUCAAAACAAAGGAAACAGAGAAAGAGACGAGAAACAGAGCAGCACACAUUUCUCCAUCUUGUUCCUGUGUCCUCGCAGACAUAUAAUGAUCAUGACACCACUGUUCUGUCUUGGGCCGUAGGGCAGAGCAGAGGGGAGGGGCUUCAGGUAUCAGCUGAUACUGUAACAGUGGAGACUGAGGGUACCUACUUCAUUUAUAGUCAGGUGCUGUAUAAAGACACCACCUGGGUAAUGGGUCAUGUGAUCACGAAGAGGCACAAGGGGGCAGAGACUAAACUGAUGAAGUGUUUAAAAAGCAUGCCCAGUAACGUCAGCCAGCCACUCAACACUUGCUACACUGCUGGAAUUUACUUCCUGGAGUCUGGAUCCACUCUUCAGCUCUCUGUUCCCCGCAAAUCUGCAGAGCUUAUCCUGACAGCUCAUGCCACCUUCAUGGGCCUCUUCAACAUAUGACUCAGACACACAGUGAUUUACACGUUUAAAUGAUAGAAACCUUUUUUAUCCUGUUGCAAAUCCCUUACACAAGAAUUUCACACUUUCAUGCUCAAAAACAGUAAAUGCUUUUAUGUGGUGAGUGGUUGACACCUAGUGGACAAUUUAAACACUGGCAUGUUGGAAAUGGUACUUAAUGUACAAUUUUUUUUUUCAUAUAUAUAUAUAUAUAUAUAUAUAUAUAUACUGUGUGCUAUGUAAAUAUCACGUUAAAUGGAUAUGGAUUUCUGUACCAUAUAUACACUGAUCAUCCACUGGCACCACUAACAGAUGAAUAACAUACAUUUUUAUAUUUACAAUGGCAUCUAUCAAGGGGUGUGAUACUGUAUAUUAGGCAGCAAGUAAACAGUCAAAAAAAAUUACAAAUAAAAAAACAUGAGAAAGUGAAAAGAUCUGAAUGACUUUUGCAGUGGGUAAUACCUACUAAAAGUGAUGCAAGGAAGAACAACUGGUGAUUCUAUAUCAAGGGCAUCCAAGGCUCAUUGAUGCACAUGGGGAGCAAAGGCUAGGCUGUCUGGUCCGAUCACACAGGAGAGCUACUAUAGCUCAGAUUGCUGAAAAACUUGAUGUUGGCUAUAAUAGAAACCUGUGAGAACACACAGUGCAUCACAAUAUCGGGCUGCAUCGCCACAGACCAGUCAGAGUGCCCAUGAUGAACUCUGUCAACCGCCGCCAUGUGAGUGUCAGAACUGGACCAUGAAGCAAUGGAAGAAGGUUUCCGGGUCUCUGGAACCAUUUUAUUUUUUAGAUCAGUUGGAUGACAUAUGCGCAUGAUAUUUUCCCUGGGGAAAGGAUGGCAGCAGGAUGAACUAUGGAAAUAAGGCUUUGACAUGUACCAUCUACCUAAAGAUUACUCAAGACCAUGAACAUCUCUUCAUGACAAAGGUGUUCACUGUUGACAGUGGCCUCUUUCAGCAGUUUAAGGCAUUUCCAACUUCCCAGAUCUCUCUGUUUUGUUCAGUCCAAACUUGGAGAAACCCGUUCAUGCUUUUAUCUCCAGCAGAGUGGACUAUUGUAACGGACUCCCCACUGGCCUUCCCAAAAAGACCAUUAGACAGCUGCAGCUCAUCCAGAACACUGCUGCCAGGAUUCUGACUAGAACCAGAAAAUCUGAGCAUAUCACACCAGUCCUCGCUGGUAUUAAUACUAGUUUAUAUAUCACUCAAUGGACUAGGACCUCAAUACAUUGCAGAUAUGCUCACUGAAUAUAAACCAGACCACUCAGAUCAUUAGAAUCAAGUAAGUUAGAAAUGCCAAGGGUACACUCAAAACAAGAGGAGUGCUUUUUAUUUUAUGUCACCCGCAAUGGAACCAGUUUCCAGAAGACAUCAAAUAUGCUAAAACAGAGGCCAUGUUUAAAGGUGACAUAUCAUGAAAAUGAAUUUUUCUGUGUUUAAGUGCUACAAUCGGGUCCCCGGUUCAUCUACCAACCCAGGAAAUGUGAUAAAGAUUAUCAUUUAAAUUUGUUUUGGUAAGCCUUUUUGUGCAAGCUUGUGAAAGAAAAAGAAAAACAAGCUUGAUGUAGAAAGGAGAUCUUAUUAUAACAUUACUGGCCUUUCUGCAGGUUUCCACCCCCAUAGUGACGCCAUUGUGUUUUCGCAAGCGACAGCAGUGUACCAGUUCUAAUGCCAUAGUGAAUGUUUGAGCAAAGCACGCUGACUAUUCUGUCUUUGGCUGCACUGAGCACAGAACACUAUUUAGAGUCCCAGCCUCAGAGGAGACAAAAGAGCAGUGGGUUUAUUGAUUUAUUUACUGUAUGUCACGCUGCUGCAACACAGAUCUAAUAUAAACAUGCCAUUUUUUUUCUCAGCUGUUUACCUUCACAGACAUUACAGACAGUUUUUGUAACUGGUGUGUUUUUAAUAUAAACUUGUAUUUGACAAUUAAGCGAGAUGAGACAUGAAGGAGAAGUUUAGUACUCAGAUUCUUUCUGUAUGUGAUGUGCUUCGAAUAUGUGCACUCAGAAAACUGUAUAGCAGAACUUUAAACUAAUAUGGUUUAACAUUUUAACAUGAUAGACAUGAUAAUCAAAAUCAAAUGUGUUUUUUCAGCAGAGUAUCUGAGAUACCAGCUGGAAAGGCACAGCCCUAUUCUGGAAAAGGGGGUUGGGAGCAUCAGCAUCAUUUGCAUUUAAACACAUGCGUGAAAACAGCCAGUUUCUGUUUCCACUCAAAAUAGGCAUAUUCAAAAUGAAAUAAUACAUGAUCUGUGGGGUAUUUAGAGCUGAAACUUACCAGACACAUUCUGGGGACAAAUAAGACUUGUAUUACAUCUUGUUAAAAGGAGAAUCUUAGAUUCAGACUCAAAACUCAUCAGUUUAGCUGUGCAUUUACUGAAUGAGCUCUGAGCUACAGUACGUCCGAAUAAUUACACUGCCUUUAAUGUAUCUUCAUAUAUGUUUUUUUAAUUCUUCUUCACUGUUUUAAUUCAUUUUAAAUCAAUUUAAAAUGUAUUAUUUGAUUUUAUUUUUGUGAUUAUGUUUUAUGAUUAGUUUAUUUUUUUGUUUUAUGUAAAGCACUUUGAAUUACCAUUGUGUAUGAUUGCCAAAUACCUGUAAAAAAAAACCUUCCUUGUCUAAAGCAGGGGUUCUCAACUCUGGCCCUUGAGGCCCACGUUCCUACAUAGUUUAGCUCCAACCUUGAUCGAACUCACCUUCCGGUAACUUUCCAGUAACCUGAAGACCUUGAUUGGCUUGAACUUGUUCAAGUGUAUCGGAGCUAAACUCCUCGAGUGCAGGAGUUGAGAACCCCUGACUUAAAGGAUCAGAUACCAUAUGUUCAGAGGUCCUGUUGUGUCUAUUUUUCAGUGCAUCAGAUAUGUUUUGGCCACACAAGUGGGAACUACACAAUAGUAUGCGGGUGGUUGUAAUGUUGUGGCUGAUCAGUGUAUCACAUUGCCAAGGUAUUAUUCACUGAUACAAUAACUGCAACAUGGUUCCACCAUAGUGCUUUUUUGUAAAUAUCACACUAUGCAAACUGUAAUCAGUAACUGUUAUCCCAAAAAUGAAAAUUCUCUCAAAAUCUCUAUAACGUUCUUAUGCUUUAUAGUGGCAUGGUACGUGUCCCUUAAUUUUGAUUUUAUUUUGAUUUCAAAAUAAAUUCAGAGCUGUCAUUAGCCACAGUUUCAGUUCAGUUUGAUCUUUGUUUACAUUUGCACCUUCCCCCUGACUGUAUUUGGUACUUAUGGUUGCUGAUUUGAUUUGCUGUUUCGUUCAGCUGCGUCUCCUCAUUAGCCUGUGUAUUUAAGUUCCUGUGUGUUCAGUUUUAAUUGACCAGUCUCAUCAGUGUCACUUCUGUGUUGUUCACUAUCCACCCUGUGUUUGGAUUAAAGAUUUUUGAAACACUCA